ACGUGCAAGUUCGCAUAUUGCUGCACUCCAGGCCUUUACCAACCACCGAGUUAGGCUCAACCCCACCUCGAGACGACCCGGCCAUCGCUGCAUAAUUCUUGUGGACCACCAUGACUGACUCUCCACUACCGCGGAUUCCGCUCGACCCGAAAGAGCAGCCUAUUCUCGACAGACUGCAAUCUAUCCGGACAGAGCUAGAGUUGCUGAAGCGCGACCGAUCGACUUAUGUCAAGAGCCAAGAUGUCUUGAAGCUGUACGAUCAGGUUAUCGAGCAGGUCAUAGUUUUGAACGAGAUACGCGAAACGAAGCGUCUUGAGCAGAACAAAGUUGACUACAUGCUUGAUGAUUGUUUUCAGCUCAUCUCGCUUGCAUAUCUGACCAUUGGAAAGAACCAUGAGCCACCAGCAGUAUACUCUUACGUCUCAACGAUCAAACGCCUCCUGGAUCAUCUCAAAGAAGCUACAUUCUACUCGCAAAAGGAUCUUGAAGCACUCGACGAGAACCUGAAGGACUGUCGGGACCAUAUCGAGCGAGGCAAAGAUCACUACAGUCCCCACCUUUUUACUCUUCUCGACGCACGUAUCAAGGUGUGCGAGGAGAUCCUGGCUGAACUGAAACUCAACUUAUCUGAGCUCACUCCUGAGCUGAUACCAAAAUGGGAGAAGCUGGUGUCAAUACUAAGGUCAACUUGCGGCUGCAAUACACGAUCGAAGUUUCCUCAUGAUGAAGUUGAAGAGUACGAGCAGGAGCUGAGCAAGCUAAACGAAGAACUCAAAGAAUAUGGAAUUCAUGCAUAUGAGACCACCGGUUCAACCGAGGAGAAGCUAGCCGAGAUGGUUGACAAAAUGCAGCUCACCAUAGAAAACCCCGAGCCAGCACCAGAAGCAAAAACUCUCAUUGGCACAUUGUUGAGGCGAAAUCUGCUUUGGCUUGCGCUAAUCAAGGAAAAGCAAGGACGCAUAGCACCGGCUUUCAAAGACACUUAUGACAAGCUUCUCACCAUACGAAACAAACUUGAAAAGCUCACGCUUACGCAAGCAUGGUCACUCCGUGAGACAGAUCUUUGGGACUUUCAGCGUCAGCUUGACCGCAUAGACGAGGCACGGGUAGACGGCAACUUCAUCGAUGCAUUAGGGCGCCCGUCUGAGAUCUACGAGCAAAGAACACUAUUGUACCUCCUACGGAAGGGUUACGCACUCAUCUACCAGUUGCUCUUAACAUCCGAGCCUGUCUCUGAAGCAUUGUUGCCAAUAUACAACCAACUGACAACUCUCCGAAAAUGUCUUCUUGAAGUGAAGAAAUUGGGAGGCGUAUCAUCACCAAGAGAAUUGUAUCCGUAUAGCAUGAAGUUGAAUUCAAUCGACAAUAUGCAUGUAGAUGGUAAAUUCAUGGUGGGCGACGAGGUACCAGAUGGUCAGGGCCGCGUAACGCAGCUCCUGGAAGAAUGUUUCGAGCUCGCUUACGACCUAAGGAACGACGCCGAAGAGGAGAGCUCUGCAGACGCUACACCGUCAAGCGAAAAACCAGAGCCUCUUAGCACUUAAUUACUAUCUUCUUCCUUGCACGCAAUGUUCAAGGCUACCACUUUCAAUAUAAUCACCUCAUCCACUUCGGCACGUAAACCAGCUGGGGAAGGGCUCCGCACCGGAGGCGCUUGUUCUUUGGACCCUUGUACUCUACUAUCUUUAAUACGGCUCGAUCAUUCUCAACUGCUCGAUUUCAUCUUCAAGUGGCGUUGGAGGUAGCAUAUCCGCAUCCUUAAACGUUAGGUGGCUGCCAUACGAUAUGCCUAGAUCUAUUAGUGUCUUCUCGGUUUUGAUUUGGAAGUUUCUGUUAUUUUUGCUUACAGAGUUCUUCACCUGCAGGAAUAUCUCUCAAGGCUCGAUAUAUUAUAAUUUUGCGACAGAGGUCUCGCAUCCAUCCCACAUUCUGCUCCUGGGUUGAAUGGUUGAACAUGCUCCCUAGUCCAAAAACAACUGCUUGCGAAACU